AGGAAAAGGUCAAGAGCCGCAUUUUCACAUGCACAGGUAUACGAGCUCGAACGUCGGUUCAGUCAGCAACGAUAUCUAUCCGGUUCUGACCGAUCGAAUCUCGCCCAAAAACUCCGACUUACCGAAACCCAAGUUAAAAUUUGGUUCCAAAAUAGACGCUACAAAACUAAACGGAAG